CGAGCACAUUUUCGCCCACCUCCAUUCCCAGCGGCACGGUGCCUUCUUAGCUGUAGCUGCAGUCGUAAGGUAGCCUGCCAUCCAUAACACAGGACCCCCCCCCCUGUCCCCACCAGACAGAACAAGAUCACCACAACGAUUAGAAAUGUUUACACAACCGGCGCCUUCGUCCACUACGGCUCUUGUAACACCAACUACAGAUUCUACAGCAUCGCCCUCUGCGCCGCCGGCUACUAGACCGAGCAGAAUACGGGGCCUCAGCUACCUGCGAAACUACACGGCAAACCACCUAUUGUCGCGUGAUAGUGGUGUUAGCGCUCAGAAUAGUGCGUCAGGCUCUGCCUUGGGGUCAUCUUCACAGCAUUCACCGCUCACACGAGCUACAACCCACGCAACCCUCAGUGUCACCGGGAGAAGACGCUCGCGCCAUUCAGCCACUGCCGAUGAUCCACUCAGCACACCGCGAGACCGGCUCCUUCGAACUACGUCAGCACAAAACCCCGGAAGCAGCAGCUCUCAUAACAACGGACCGGCGCCUGAACCAGCCUCCAACUCGGACUCGGACAGCGGUCGCGCCAAGAAGCACAAGACAGGCGCAGAGAGCGUAGAGGACACCGAGGAUCACACUGCAGGCGAGGUAAACAUGACCCGCACGCGCUCAGCAACUACGGGCGAUUUGUCCCUGGACAUGUUGCCCUCUAUUCGAUUUUCAGCGCACUAUGAUGCUAGAUCGACUCGGCAAUCCUUGUCCUUCACCCCAGUUUCACGAACUCUGCCCACAGGAAAGGAGAUCAUCAAGGUAGGCCGCUACUCGGAAAGGGAACAGCAGCAGAUAGUGCCUGCCAACACGCCGUCAGCAGCACCCGUCGGUUUCAAGAGCAAGGUCGUCAGCCGGCGACACUGCGAGUUCUGGUAUGAGGAUGGCAAAUGGUACAUCAAAGACGUCAAGAGUUCAUCUGGGACCUUUCUGAACCAUAUCCGGCUCAGCCCUCCUGGCAACGAAUCUAAGCCAUUCAUUGUUAAUGAUGGCGAUAUUGUACAGCUGGGCAUCGACUUUAGGGGAGGGGAAGAGAUGAUUUUUCGCUGCGUCAAGAUGAGGAUAGAAGUGAACAGGGGCUGGCAAAACAAGCCAAACAAUUUCAACAUGGCAACUCACAAGCGACUCCGGAACUUGACCUCGGCAGAUCCCGCCAACGCAUUAAAUGCCCAGGACUGCUCGAUUUGUCUAAACGCGAUUGCGCCCUGUCAAUCCCUUUUUGUAGCACCGUGUAGUCACACGUGGCACUACAAAUGCAUUCGGGAACUGCUGGUCGGUCCAUCACAUCCUAUUUUCACCUGCCCCAAUUGCAGAGCUGCCGCAGAUCUCGACGCCGAUAUCGAAGAACCCGAUGAGGAAUGGCAGCAGCUGGACUCUGGUGGAGAAGACGCGAAUAUGGAUACAAGCGACGCUCCGCAAGAACUGACAACGAUUCCAACCGAUGACAGUCCAAAUAUGUCGGACAUGGCCGCAGACGAAGCCCCCUCCCCAGUCUCACCACCAGUGUCUCCGGUUGAAGCGGAGGCGGAGGCAGCUGACGUUACAAUGAUGCUUGAUCACGCUCCAACAGUGCAGGAAAUCCCGAUUAGACCAGCAUCCAGACCGGAAGCAUCGAGUCCCGUACCCAUUCCCCGGUCAAGUCCCAUACCAGUCAACAGGUCGAGGCGGACGCCAUCACCGCCAAGCGGUCAAGAAGGGCCGCUGACACCGCGAAACGAUGCCGGCCCAUGGGUCUUCGAUGGUGAUGCCGGACGCGCCUCACAAGAUAUAUCGAGGCCUGGCGCAAUGGUGAACUUGGACGCAGCUGCAGCGCAAGUGGAGUCGAAUGCGAGUUAGGACCCUUUUUUCGAAAGCCCCGAUCAUGCAGUUGUACAUAACUCGUGCUCCAAGUCCAGUUCUGAUACAGCCGUCUCAGUCAAGAGUACCAGAUGAAGCUCUGGCAGAGUAGACGGCCGCAUUUUCUUGUUCACAAACAUGACUGACCCUUCCUGUCAGCAAGUGUAGAAAUGUCAGGAUGGCUGGGCUUUAAGCCCCGGAACUUAUUGGAACCACCAGUUCCAUAAUGU